AAUAUGCGAUUUCGAGAUGAAAUCGCUGAUUCUCCUCUGUCUCCUGAGUCCCCUGAAGGGCCAAUGGGACCCGAACGUCGAGCCCGGAAGGAGUACCUUCGUCCACCUGUUUGAAUGGCGGUGGGAGGACAUCGCUGCGGAAUGCGAACGGUUCCUCGGCCCCAAGGGAUUCGCGGGUGUCCAGGUGUCACCUCCGAGCGAGAACGUGAUCGCGUGGUACGACAGCGGACCCCAGAGACCCUGGUGGGAGAGAUACCAGCCGGUCUCAUACAGACUGGAGACGCGGUCCGGCUCUGAAUCGCAAUUCCAGGACAUGGUCUCGAGGUGCAAUGCCGCCGGUGUCAGGUACGAUCAUCGCUUGUUUCUACGGUUGUUUCGGAUUCACUUUCCCUCAUUCCCGAAGUGUACAAUUUACGCUGAUGUCGUAGUGAACCACAUGACAGAAUGGUGGCCGUCGAGGACCUCAGCAACAGGAGGAUCUCUCAGUUACCCUACUCAGGCUUUGACUUCAAUGGCCCCAACGAAUGUCCUUCUGCGUCGGGUAACAUCGAAAACUACCAGAACCCAUCGAGGUACGAAGAGUUAUUUAGCUAGUUUGACGAAAUCCGUAAAGGAUCCCCGAGUACCUAACUGCAAACUGACUACAGAACAUUCAGGCUUGAACGACCUGAAGCAAGGCAGCGACUACGUUUCUGCGCCAUUGUGGGAUUUCAUUGGGGAAGUCAUUGUGGGAUACAUGAACAAGCUGAUCGACUACGGAGUGGCCGGAUGCAGAAUAGACGCCUCCAAACACAUGUGGCCUGGUGAUCUCGGUAGCAUCUUCAGCCGGCUCUCAAAUCUCAGCACGACGCACGGGUUCCCGUCUGGGACGAGGCCGUUCGUCUUCCAGGAAGUCAUCAAAUCUCGGUUCGAAUACUUUCCUUCCCUUGAUGCAUCCAUAUCUGUAAUGAGAAUUCGAGUCUCCAGACACUCUUUGCGGUGUCGUUCAAAGGAGUCUUUGAAGAUCCAGACGGGGAUUAGA